UCAACAGAACGCUUUUGUUUCUCGAAGGGACUAAUCACAACUUAUUGGGAUUCUCGGUAUCUGGGCAAACUAAACCUGACGAAUGAUACGCAUUUGAUCGUCUGGUCAUUAUUCCCCCGUCGAUCGACGGACCCGCCAGUCCAACGCAGUUCUUCCAGCGACUGGAUUCAAAUGGAUCUCCAGAGAAAUUCAUUUUCGGGCGAAUCAAAUUCACUACGACUUUACUUGGACGAAAGUCGAAUACUCAAAGAUUGCCUCUUCAACCCCGAUGGUAUUGGUGAACCCGUUCCUCCGAAAACGGAUACCUUCCUCUCUACACUAUCAAAUAUUUCCGUUCAUGAUUUCAACCUCCACUCGGGUGACUCGAUGCUUUCCAUCUGUCGGAUGUUUCAAGACAAAAAAACAACCUUGGUGCGAAGUUUACGGAGAGUGGAACGCCAGACAGGGAUUUCAGUUGGUCAAACGAACGCCCUACCUAACCAUUUGAAGAUGCCCAACACAAAUUACUGUGGUCCCAUUUAUCGAUUGGAUAGAAAACGGUCUCUUGGUAUUGAUUCAUUCAUUCAGCAGCACAUGAAUGCCAGUGACAUGAUCCCCAGAUGGAGGAUGGUGACUGGCAUACUGUCAGUCUUACUGUUUUAUCCGACUCCUGUUCCCGCUCCAGUGCCUGGUGCCGGCAAAAGACUCGCCGAUAAGGAACAUAACAGUUUUAUUGUGAAAAAGCGAGUGCGAGAGCAUGACUUUUGUGGCUGCCUGAAGUUGGUCGGGACAACUGCGUCAAAUGUGGUUGGUAUUCUGUUUUUCUCUAUUUAUCAACCCUAUUGUUUUGACUUCGCCGACUGGACCGUGAUGCAAGCAGUGAAACGCUCCAGUUAUAGCUUCGUCACACCCCCUACUUGUCACGAACCUGAACCAACUGUAAUGAAAUAA